CGCCAGUACUCUUAUAUGCCUAGGUGAGUCUUUAGACCAUCAUGGCUGCCAAUCCUCUACUGUUACUGGCCUUCCUCUCCACCUCAGUCUCUCUCACAGCUGCGGUCUUGUUUGGUGAACCCAGAAUUUAUGGAGAGGAUGCUACUGGCUAUGGGCCAAUCUUCGAGGAGGAGCCUCUGGACGUGGUCUAUACUGAAGACUCACCCGAUGGAAGAAUCUCCAUGAACUGCAGAGCGCGAGCAAACCCACCGGCCUCAUACAGGUGGCGCCGUGAUAACUGGGAGAUCAAGCUGAUGGAGCAGCCAGAUGAACAUUACAGCCUGGUAGGUGGUAAUCUGGUCAUCACCAACCCCAGGCAGAAGAAACAUUCAGGGACGUACGUCUGUGUGGCGAGGAACAUCUACGGCACUGUCAUCAGCAAGGAGGCGAGGGUCAUGUUUGGAUAUCUGGAAGAGUUCCCCCAGGAAGACAGAGAUCCUGAAAGAUCCACUGUCAAAGAGGGGCAGGGGGCUGUUAUGCUGUGUGUCCCUCCAAAAGCCUUCCCAGCUGAAGUUUCAUACCGCUGGAUCUACAAUGAGUUCCCAGUAUUCCUGCAGACAGACCGUCGCCGUUUUGUCUCACAGAAGACUGGAAACCUGUAUAUCUCAAAAGUGGAAGCUCAGGAUGCAGGCAACUACUCCUGCUUUGUCUCAAGCCCCAUCAUCGGCAAAAGCGUCUUCUCCAAGUUCAUCCCUCUCAUCCCAUUACCGCCUGACGAUGGCGAAGAGAGGAAGUAUCCAGCAGACAUCAGGGUGAAGUUCCCAGACACCACUGCCCUGCUGGCUUCCAACAUCACACUGGAGUGCUUUGCCUUGGGAAACCCUAUCCCUCACAUCGUAUGGAGGAAGGUGGACACCACAGACCUCCCAGCCAACCAUGAGAUCAGUGACUCUGGGACUCUGCUGCACCUUUACAACAUCCAGUAUGAGGACGCAGGAGCAUACGAGUGUGAAGCCAUCAACACAAAGGGCAAGGACUGGCACAAGGCCUGGCUCUAUGUGGAGUCUGCUCCAGAAUGGGCGGAGACCAUAAACAACACACAGAAAGACAUUGGCUCAGAGCACACCAUGCGCUGUGUGGCGUCUGGAAAGCCGUAUCCCCAAAUCCGCUGGUACAAGGAUGGUUACAUGUAUGGGAAAGGCGAGUUGAAGUUUUCCAGUCUGACUUUUGAUGACUCGGGGAUGUACCAGUGCAUUGCCUUUAAUUACUGGGGCACCAAAUACGCCAACGCAGAGCUGCGAGUCAUCGCCUGUGCUCCCACAUUCGAGUUCAACCCGGUGAAGAAACGGCUUCUGGGGGCCAGAGAUGGCCGUGUGGUCAUUGAAUGUAAACCCAGAGCGGCUCCAAGGCCCCGCUUCACCUGGACCAAGGACAAAGAGCUGCUCUUCAACAAUUCACGCAUUUCCAUCAUGUACGAUGGGAGCCUGGAGAUCCUGAAUGCCACUAAGAAUGAUGAGGGGUUUUACACCUGCUUCGCUGAAAACGACCGAGGGAAAGCCAACAGCUCAGGCUCUUUAACGAUAACAGAGGCCACCAGUAUCACAGAGGCCCCUGAAGACACCAUGGCUAAGGUUGGUGAGGAGGUGAUUCUCAGAUGCUCUGCUUCAUACGACUCCAUGUUGGACAUCACCUUUGUCUGGGCCAUAGACUUCAGAGUCAUUGACUUCAAUGCCGAGUGGCAACACUACGAACGCAUCAUGAGUGAGGAAGGCAGUGGUAACCUGAAGAUAAAAAACAUACAGGUUUGGCAUGAGGGCCGCUACACCUGCACAGCUCAGACUGUGGUGGACAACACCACAGCGUACGCUGACGUCAAGAUCGUAGGUGUCCCCGGUCCUCCUGGUGUGAUCCGGGUGGAGGAGAUCUUGGACAAGUCAGUGAAGUUGGUGUGGAGCAAAGGGGCUGAUCACAACAGCCCCAUCCGCUACUACACCAUCCAGACGAGGCACUACUGGGCUCUGCAUGAAGAUGACUGGAGAAACGCCACAACCUCUCCAGCCUUUCUCGAUGGUAAUACCGAGACAGCAGAUGCGGUAGACCUGUAUCCCUGGAUGGAGUAUCAAUUCAGGAUUAUCGCCACAAACGAAUAUGGCCCCGGAGAGGCCAGCAUCCCCUCCAUCAAAAUCAAAACAUGGGAUUCAUCUCCUGUGAUGGCUCCCACUGAUGUGUCAGGUUAUGGAGGCAAAGAUGGAGAGAUCUUCAUCACAUGGACACCGGUGCAGCCGUGGUACUUCUAUGGCAAAAAGUUUGGCUACAUCGUCGCUUUUAAACCCCACGAUGCCUACGACUGGUGGUACGAGACCGUCUCGGACCCGGAGACCAGGCGUUACGUCCACCGAGAGCCCACCUUCAUCCCCACUGAGAGUGAUUUGCAGUUCCGAGAGUUCCAGGUGAAGAUCAAGUCGUUCAACGUGAAAGGCGACGGCCCUUACAGCCUCACCAAGGUCAUCUACUACCCCCGAGAUGUCCCUUCGGAGCCCCCGACAGAUGUCUAUGCCAGGCCAGUUUCUUCCCAUGAAGCGCUGGUUUGGUGGUUGCCAGUGGUAGACACUGGUACAGGCCUGCAGCAAUACAUCGAGGGAUACCAGGUUAAAUACUGGAGGAAGUAUGACGACCCCGAGCCGGGGGCCAAUCGUAUAUUUGUUCCCGCCGGGACCAACCAGACCAGGCUGGAGAACAUGCUGCCAGACUCCCACUACCUCAUCGAGGUCCGGGCCUAUAAUGGAGCAGGCUUUGGGCCCCCCGGCGAACACUGUGAGAUGUUCACCAAGAGACCACCACCACCCGAGGCUCCCAGGAUGUGGCGCUACAUCAGUUGGACAGGCAAAUGGCUGUAUGUGUGGUGGGACCAUAUCCAAUAUGACUGGUUUGGCAACAUUUCCUUCCCACUGUACUACAAGGUCAUGUUCAGAAAAACAGGCCACAUCUAUGGGAAAGUCUACGUCACAGGCUGGCACUUCAUGGACUUCCCCAUGCCACAGCUUGGUGACUAUGAGCUGAUGGUGCGUGGCCGCUAUGAAGGAGGAGAUGGACCCGUCAGGAUGAUUCAUCUUCUGGGAAAAGCAUCCAUGAUCUCACCCUCAUUCAGCCUGGUCUCCUUGUUGCUGCUGGCGGUAUGUAUUUUUGGACUGAGAAUUUAGGCCCGUCACCAAUGGCAUGCCUGAAAUGGACUCUUUGGUGAGAAGAACGUGGACCACGCUAAGAUAUGCUAUCUUGGUUUCACCCCUACAAACACCCAUUGAACAGGUGCACUGUCUAUUACAACGUGGUCAUUGGAGAAGUCCCUGCUGAUGCA